UAAUUCAACCACUGCUUUGCUCAUUCCUUCCGUUCGCUUCUGCCGUCUGGUCUGCGGUUCCUGGAGGAGAAGAGAGGAAGGAGAAAGGAGAAGAGCGGAAAAGGUGGGCGAGGGCGAGGAUUGAGAUGGACGACUACGCAAGGGAGAUGAUGGAGCUCAAGACUCUGGUCACCCGCACCCUCGAGAAGAAAGGCGUCCUCGCCAGGAUUAGGGCUGAGCUCAGAGCAAGUGUAUUCGAGGCAAUAGAAGAAGAAGAUAGAGUGGCUGAAAACAAUAGCAAUCUCUCCCCUGCAUUACUAGGAUGCUGUAAUGAUCGGGCAAAGCAACUGCAUAUUUCUCCAUCAGGCAGGUUAUUAACAGCAUUAAUUGGUGAAUAUUUGGACUGGGCUCAGUUAGGCCAUACCCUCAAAGUUUAUCUGCCCGAGUGCAAUUUGCCAAGGGAUUUCUGGAAAGAAGAACUGAAAGAUUUUAGUAGUUCAAACAAGAAUGGUGAAAGUGGUCCACUGCUUUUAGAUGUGCUUGAAGGUUAUCUGAAGUACGAGAAUCUUAUGCAAAAUAGGUUGGCUGGCGGCAGCUUAAUUAAUUCAGACUCAGAGUCCGUAUCAAGUGCAGAAAUCAGGAAUGUUCGUAGGCCGUCAGGAUUGUCAUCAUCAUCUGCUGUUCCUGGCGGAUUACCUGCUUUGGACCGGCCGAUCCCUCGGGUUCACUCAUCAGAUAGAAGGUCAGGUUCCUCAGUUUCCUCAACUAGGAAGGAUGAUUAUAUGUGGAGAUAUGAUGCUGAAGUCUCAGAUGAUAUAAUUCAAGCUGCAAAUGCUUUAGAAAACAUUCAUCUUGACAGAAAAGCACGGAAUAUGACAACAACUUGGAGGCAAGCAAAUGACGGCAUCAUUGAAGAUAUUGGAAUGAUGGAUCGUCAGUAGCAUCAUCGUCAGUGUAUUUGUAAUUUCUAUUUGUUCCAUUUUUCUACCACGUUUGAGAUUAAGAACCCCUAAGGACUGUGAUAUAUGGUGUUGCUUCCUUCCCCUUGGAACCUUUCAGUUUUUAAGUUUUUUUUUUGGCUUUGGGCUUCAGAUUUUUCGCCGGGUUGGAGUUAUCUCACUUGUGGGGUUGAUAUCCUUCCAUAUCUCUGUGUAAUUGGUUUGCCAACUGCAGAUUGAUCUCUUAUGAAAGACAUUGUUUUCGUUUGAUUC